UCCUCAUGAAAUCAUUGUUAUUCCAGGUUAUAAAAACUGCUUUCACGUAUCUGAACCUGUUACGUCAAGUGACGUAAUAAAAUAUAAUCUUAAAGUAUAGUUUAUACUGCACAAGUUUUUACGAUUCUAAAUAUAGAUACUGGCAAUAAUAUUGUUGACAAUAUUGUUUGUAUUCGUGUAACUUUUAUGCAUGAGAUAUUUCUUAUACACCUUUGCUAAAAUAUACUGAAAAAUAAUCCCAACUUAUAUCACGAAACAAAUGUUUAUUCUAGCUGUAGGAAAAAGAAUUGGAAUAUUAAACAAAUAAAACAAAACGUAUAUGAUUUUCCAUUAUUUAGAAUAAGUAAAUCACAGUACAUAAAUAUGCAUAGAUACUGUAUCCAUCUUCUGACCAUCCAUUCUGACCAUCUUCGAAAGUGGAUAUCAAUUUUCCGCCGAUUGUUGUUCAAAAAAUGACCCUAAUAUAGUCAACUCUGUCAACUCAUAAUCUUUAUUACACUAAUCUCUAAUUAUAUCAUAGCAUUUUCUGAAUUACCUGUGCAAAUCGUGUUUAGUAUUUAAAAAAUUUAGUGAAAUCGUUUGUAUUUCCAAACACUCCACCAAGAAUUCCAUAGAUCUUCCCAUAUUUUAAAUAUAAUAGAUCCACUAAACCGUACAGAGGCUUCCACUUCACCAAAUGGUUGUCAACAACUUCUAAACCUUCACAUUUGCGUGUACCGCUGCAACUGGUUGCAGAGACUGACUACACGAAUCGACCCGCUUACAAUCGUUCGGUGAACAAUGCGCAAGCGUUAUACAACCUGAUGCAUUUACUCGUUUCAUGAAAAAUAUCCGAUUCAGUCGUCCCCACAACUUUAGUGGACACGAUGACGAAUAAGUCUGCGGUAGUAGAAAAAACUUUUGAUAGUCUGGGGGAUUACAGUUUGCAGUUUAAUCGAUGGCUACUAAUAUCAAUAGGUGCCUGGCCUGCGUCCACAUCAACGUCGAGACGCGAGAGAAUCAUUUCGUUUAUUUUAAUCGCUCUCUGUUAUGGCUUUAUAUUGUUUACCGUGAUCCCUUGCAUAUUCCACUUUGUUCUGGAAGAUGAAAGUAUUUACAUGAAAUUGAAGGUGUUUGGUCCGCUCAGUCAUUGGUUUAUCGGAGGCAUCAAUUACACCAAUUUAUUGCUACGAAGCAACGAGAUUCGUGAUUGCAUACAUCACGUGCAAACUGAUUGGAAGAUAAUAACGAGACCGGAAGAUUCACAAGUGAUGAUGAAAUACGCGAGGAUUGGCCGCUUUAUCGCGGCUUUUUGUGCUACUUUCAUGCAAGGUGGCGUCUUGACAUAUUGCGUGGUGACAGCGUUCGCCACUCAAACCAUCGAGAUCGCCAACGAAACCAGAAUUAUUCGCAUGUUACCUUGUGCUGCGUAUAAGAAUUUAAUUCCCGUUGAUAGCAGUCCAAUGAACGAAAUUGUCCUCGCCACGCAAUUUAUAUCUGGAUUUAUUGUAAAUUCGAGCGCCGUUGCCAUUAUCAGCAUUGGUGCUGUAUUCACAGCUCACGCCUAUGGUCAACUGACUGUCCUGAUGAGAUGGAUCAACGAAUUUGUGAAUCGAUCGGAAGAUCAGAAAAAAAGUGUUGAGUUCAACGAAAUAGGUGAGAUCGUUGAACAUCAUCUCAGAAUUCUCAGUUUGAUAGCAGGUAUCGAAAACGUAUUGACACAAUUCUGCUUCAUGGAAUUGUUAAAAAGCAAGCUUGAUAUAUCCAUGCUCGGAUAUUACAUUCUUACGGAAUGGGCCGAACAUGAUAUUCGGAAUCUGACUACGUAUUUCAUGAUAAUGGCGUCCAUGAGUUUCAAUAUUUUUACAGUAUGUUAUAUAGGUGAUAUAUUGACGGAACAGAGCAAAAAAUUUGGCGAUGUAGUAUAUAUGACAAAGUGGUAUUAUUUACCUAACAAAGACAUAUUUGAUUUGAUUCUGAUCAUCACAAGAUCCAAUUCUGCAAUUAAAAUCACAGCUGGGAAAAUAACUCACAUGUCCAUAAAUACAUUCGGUGAUGUAAUGAAAACUGCGUUCGCCUAUUUGAAUCUGUUGCGUCAAGUGACAUGACGAUAUGCACCGCUGGUAAAACCUAUGCAUAAAAUUGUAAGAUUUUAAACAUAAAAAUUUGCAAAUAUAUCGCAUGACAUUUUUGUACGAAUAUCCUCGAAUAUUAAAUCAAGACAAGUUGGAAAUUUUUCAUGUUACAAUAUAGUAAUAUGGAAAAAUUAUAAAAUUGCUAAUUAGUAUUGCUAAUAAUAUUGAAAUGUAUUUA